CGCGGCUGCGCCGGGCGGCGAUGGCGGCCGACGGGGACUGGCAGGAUUUCUAUGAGUUCCAGGAGCCGGCCGGGACCCUCCAGGACCAGGAGAACUGUAACGCGAGCCCCGAGGCCGGGGCAGGGCCGGGCGGCGCGGGCGACAGCUUUCCGGCGCUGGCCUGCAGCUUGGAGGAGAAGCUGAGCCUGUGUUUCCGCCCCUCGGGUCCGGGCGCCGAGCCCCCGAGGGCGGCCGUGCGGCCCAUCACCGAGUGCAGCCUCCUGCAGGGGGACGAGAUCUGGAAUGCCCUGACAGAUAAUUAUGGAAAUGUAAUGCCUGUGGAUUGGAAGUCAUCACAUACCAGGACCUUGCACUUGCUCACUCUAAACCUCUCAGAAAAAGGGGUAAGUGACAACUUGCUCUUUGAUACAUCAGAUGAGGAGGAGUUGCGAGAACAGCUGGAUAUGCAUUCAAUCAUCGUCUCCUGUGUUAACGACGAGCCCCUCUUCACUGCAGAUCAGGUUAUUGAAGAAAUUGAAGAAAUGAUGCAGGAAUCACCCGAUCCAGAUGAUGAUGAAACGCUCACACAGUCAGAUCGGCUUUCGAUGCUUUCCCAGGAAAUUCAAACUCUUAAGAGGUCUAGUACAAGCAGUUAUGAAGAGAGAGUAAAAAGGCUCUCAGUGUCUGAGUUAAAUGAACUGCUGGAGGAAAUUGAGACUGCCAUUAAGGAAUACUCUGAAGAGCUGGUGCAGCAGUUGGCCCUGCGAGAUGAACUGGAGUUCGAAAAGGAAGUGAAAAACAGCUUUAUUUCUGUUCUCAUUGAAGUGCAAAACAAACAGAAAGAGCACAAGGAAACAACCAAAAAAAAAAAGAAACUCAAGAAUAGCAGCCCUCAGAACGGGAAGAACGAGAGAAGUCAUAUGCCUGGCACACGCUUCAGCAUGGAGGGGAUCUCCCAUGUCAUUCAGAAUGGCCUCCGCCACACCUUUGGGAAUUCAGGUGGAGAGAAACAGUACUUGACGACAGUUAUUCCUUAUGAGAAAAAAAAUGGACCACCAUCUGUUGAAGAUCUUCAAAUAUUAACAAAAAUUCUUCGUGCCAUGAAAGAGGACAGCGAAAAAGUUCCGAGCUUGUUAACGGAUUAUAUUCUGAAAGUUCUGUGCCCCACAUAGGGCAGCAGGCCCUCGGACGUGGACGAGAAGCCCCGCAGGGUUCCCGUGCCCCUCCCCUUCCUGCUGUUGGAAUCCACACC